CUGUUCCUCUCCGCCCUGGCUGUCUUCGACAUGGAAAAAGCAAAACAACUCCAAUCGCUUUCUUUUCACGACUAUCACGUCCACCCCGUCCUCGACAGCCCUACGCGAGCGAUGUCCCCCACCCUCCCCCUCAUGGCCUACUCACAUAUCCUUCGCCGCAAGUCUUUCCUCGCUGUCUGCGCUUUGCUCUCCCUGUUAUCACUUGGUCUCGUUACCUCGCUGUCGUUGGGACACCACCCUGUGUCACUCUCAAUUCCCGGUUAUUCCUCUUCACAUCAUCCGUCCGACGUGGUUUGGGUCUCGGAACGAAAGUCCGCAGUGGUAGGCUCACCAACAGCUAGAUUCCGAGACAAUCUACGGAACGAUACCCAAUACAUCACCUCCUGGAUCUCUGCUGGCUGGACGAACGAUGUCAUGACAUAUGCCAACCUCAUUUAUCUAGCUCUUAUCACAGAGCGUGUACCCAUCGUAGGCUACUGGCUUCCAUCACACACCGGUGGCGAUGUCGGACCCGUUCCCUUCAGCGAGGUCUUCGAUAUCGAAUACCUCAGCAACUCCAUCGGCGUCCCCGUCCUCGAGUGGGACGAUGUUAAGGACAAAGACAGCACAGAGAUGGAAGAUCUCGGUUGCUGGAGUGUCUGGGAGGCCGUACAGACUCGCGAGGGACCCCGGAUCACCUAUGCAGACCAGUAUCAGAAACUCGAUAUCUCAUGGACACCCGCCCCGGUUUCUAUUCAAACCUUCCCCGGCAACGAACACGAUCCGCACGCGCUAUUCUGGUCAGUCGCCGAGUUGACCUAUCCCGACAAGCGCGCAACGUCGCUCUCUGCUCCUCAUCCCUCGGCACAUCACGGUACCACGCUUCCACCAGACGAGCAUCUCGCUUGCUUUGAUUACCUCUACUAUACCGCGGCGUCCACGUCAUUCGAAUGGGACUCGGACCAUAGUCCGGCAUGGCGCUUCGUGGCCAAACAUUUCCGAUGGACUGAGCGUCUCCAGAACAUCGCCGAUGGAUACCUCAAGCGUAUCUUCCACACUCCCGAAAGUGACCCAAUUCCACCCUAUAUCGCCAUCCAUGCCCGCCAUGGCGAUUUCAAGAAUUAUUGUGGCGAUUACUCCCUUGAGGACUGCUUUGCGAGCAUGGACGUUUACGCCCGUCGGGUUGCGGAGAUACAGGAGGAGGCGAUGGAACGAUAUGGAGUCGUGCCAGAACAUGUGAUCGUGCUGAGUGACGAGAAGGAUCCGGUGUGGUGGAACCAGGUUCGCGAGAGGGGCUGGUAUCUCGUUGAGUCAGAGAUUACGACCGAUAUACUCGAGACUCAUAAUUCAUGGUAUCCCGUAUUCGUCGAUGCAGUGAUCCAAUCGUCCGGUCUGGGCUUCAUCGGCACGGCGUCAUCGACAAUGUCGACUCUUGCCAGACGGCGAGUGGAAGACUGGAACAAGGGCAUCACGAGGACAGUGCAAUGGGGACGACCGGGUGCUGACGACCACUAGACUUUCGAGCUUUCCACUGAUGAUGAUCUAUCUGUUCACGCCUCCUUGACCGUUGUUACCAGCUAUUCUUUGACGUCCUGACGGUGAGAUGAGCGCGGAGUUUCACAUCGUGAUCAUAUCACCGUCUUCAUUAUAUGACCAUAGAUUUGCACGGACACGAAUACAGACUUUCACGUCGAUCGCCUGUUCAUUCUUUUUUUUCUGCAGACACAUUCUUUUCAUUCCUCAUCCUUUUGGGCGGUACGUUACACCUUCUCAACGACAUUUUUAUCUUCAGGUUUGUUUUUGUAUCCUUGGGCUGCCCUCGUGUGUGGGUACAUUCUUCACCUCACCUCACCUCACCGUUUCUAUUUCUCUCCCUUCUUUUGUCCGAUACGGACGUGUUGUGCAUCUACUUUUAAGUUACUCUGAUUCUUACGCCUUGCGCUCUGUGUUCCACUGUGACUUUCUAUCUACUUCAUACCUCGGACCUUAUGAAUCAUUCAACAAGUUAACAUAACAUAUAUGAUUACAACUUACUAUAACACUAGCAUACCUACCUACCCCUCCUGACCUUUCGUGACCAUUUUUUGAGUAGUGUAUACACCACCACCUCCACUUUCUGAUACUUAUUGAUUCAUGCAUCAAUAUCUCGAUCCUGGACCAUUGGCAGUGCGAUUGACGAGACAAUGUGCAUACCUCCAUACCAUAAUGGAUAUUCC